UAGUUGCGUUUUCAACGCCACCCGCUUUGGAUUAACGUGCCCGAAGAUGAUAAUAACCGCGAAAUUGGUUAGCAUUUGCCUCGGCGUGGCUUUGACGGCCUUCACCGUGUCCACAAUUGUGCUCGCGGUGCAAAAGUCCAAUCUCAAGGAUGAUUUACGCGAUGCCCAAGAGAAAAUCGAUCAACUAGAGGCGGGUUUUGCAUCCACCUCGACGUCUACAACAACUACCACAACCACAACGGUAGCUCCAGGACCCACCGAAGAAGGACCUAGCACAGUGGAGCCUAGUUCAACUACAGAGGGUUCAAGUACCGCGGAUCCUGGCACUACAGUUGCGCCCGAGAAAAUCGAUUAUCGCUUGCCCACCGCAUUGACGCCCACCAACUAUGAUCUGUAUCUGAAUCCGGAUAUCGAGACGGGUCUCUUCAGUGGCCGUGAAACUAUUAACAUUACCGUGAACGAGGCCGUCACUCAAAUUGUGUUGCACUCGCUGUACUUGGAUAUACAGAAUCCGUCUGUUUAUGAAUCAACGGGAACAAAUGUCGUUGUCUCGGGUUUCACUUUCGAUUCGGUUAGGGAGUUUCUUAUCAUCAAUCUGAGUCAAGAACUCACCGUCGGCUCAUUCAUUCUGCUCACGCUCGACUUCUCCGGAAACAUGGCCAGCAAAAUUGUCGGUUUGUACAGCUCGUCGUAUCUGAAGGCAGAUGAAUCCCGCAAAUGGAUUGCGACAUCCAAGUUCGAGCCAACUUACGCUCGCCAAGCGUUCCCCUGCUUCGAUGAGCCCGCUCUGAAGGCGACCUUUGAGAUUACUCUGGUGCAUCCGGUCGAUGGCAAUUACCAUGCGCUGUCCAACAUGAAUGCCGAUUUGGAGAUCAAUCAGGGCACCUACACCGAAGUAAUGUUCGCCAAGAGUGUGCCGAUGAGUACAUACUUGGCCUGUUUCAUUGUCUCGGACUUCGAGGCCAAGUCCGUGGACAUUGAUACCAAAGGCAUUGGCAACACCUUCCAAAUGGGCGUCUACGCAACGCCAGAGCAGAUUGACAAAGUGGACUUUGCCUUAGAUGUGGGCAAGGGUGUCAUUGAGUACUACAUUGAUUACUUCCAAAUUGAGUAUCCGCUACCCAAGCUCGAUAUGGCUGCCAUUCCCGACUUUGUCUCCGGUGCUAUGGAGCACUGGGGUCUGGUCACCUAUCGCGAGACUUCGCUACUCUACGAGGCGGCAACCAGCUCCGCUGUGAACAAGCAGCGCAUUGCUAGCGUCAUUGCUCAUGAGUUUGCCCACAUGUGGUUUGGCAAUUUGGUUACAAUGGACUGGUGGAAUGAUCUGUGGCUAAAUGAGGGAUUCGCCAGCUUCAUCGAGUAUUUGGGAGUCGACUCUGUGUUUCCCGAAUGGCAAAUGCGCGAUCAGUUUAUCGUUGGCACUUUGCAUGCAGUGCUCACAUUGGAUGGCACUUUGGGAUCUCAUCCCAUUAUUCAAACAGUCGAGAAUCCCGAUCAGAUAACAGAAAUCUUUGACACGAUUACGUAUUCGAAAGGCUCUUCGUUGGUUCGCAUGUUGGAAGACUUUCUGGGUGAGACAAUCUUCCGUCAAGCGGUUACAAACUAUCUGAAUGAAUACAAAUACAAGAACGCCGUAACCGAUAACUUCUUCACGGAGAUUGACAAACUGGAGCUGGAUUAUAAUGUGACUGAUAUAAUGCUCACAUGGACAGUGCAGAUGGGUUUGCCAGUGGUCACGAUCGAAAAGGUCUCGGAUACUGAAUACAAAUUGACACAGAAGCGCUUCUUGUCCAAUCCCAACGACUAUGACGAAGUGCACGAGGCUUCUGAAUUCAACUACCGUUGGUCGAUACCCAUCACAUACACGACGAGUGCCAAUUCGGCAGUGCAGCGGGAUUGGUUUUACUACGACCAGAGCGAAAUCACCAUAACUGUGCCCAGCGGCGUGGAAUGGAUCAAGUUUAAUCACGACCAGGUUGGCUACUAUCGCGUCAACUACCCCAAUACCUUGUGGGAAGUUCUGGCCAAUCAGUUGGUCUCCUCUCCCGAAACCUUUACUGCCGGCGAUCGUGCUUCUUUGUUGAACGAUGCCUUUGCCUUGGCCGAUGCAACGCAGUUACCUUACGAUGUCGCAUUCGAUAUGACUAAAUAUCUGGCCAAGGAAGAGGACUAUGUGCCCUGGAGUGUGGCUGCCUCGAAGCUGACGUCCCUGAAGCGCACUUUGUACUACACGAGCAGCUACGUCAAGUACAAGAAAUACGCCACGGCCCUGAUUGAGCCCAUCUACACGGCACUCACCUGGACUGUGGGCGACGAUCAUUUGAACAACCGCCUGCGUGUGACAGCCUUGGGAGCAGCAUGCUCGCUAGGUCUUGAGGCAUGUCUGACUGAGGUGGGCGUACAGUUCAACACGUGGCUAGCAGCUCCCACUCAGCGCCCCAAUCCGGAUGUGCGCGACACGGUUUACUACUAUGGCAUGCAGUCGGUGGGCAACCAAGAGACGUGGGAGACCGUCUGGGAGCUGUUUGUGAACGAAGCCGAUGCCAGCGAAAAGUCCAGGCUGAUGUAUGGCCUGGCUGCUGUUCAGGAGCCGUGGUUGCUGCAACGCUACAUUAGUCUCGCCUGGAAUGAGGAGUAUGUGCGUGGUCAGGACUAUUUCACCUGCCUGACCUACAUCUCGGCUAAUCCCAUGGGCGAAUCCCUGGUGUGGGAUUAUGUGCGCGAGAACUGGCUGCAGUUGGUGGCACGUUUUGGCCUCAACGAGCGUUAUUUGGGCAAUUUGAUACCCUCGAUAACGGCGCGAUUCAACACGCAAACUAAACUCGAAGAGAUGGAGCAAUUCUUUGCCAAGUAUCCUGAGGCAGGAGCUGGCACAGCUGCUCGUGUUCGUGCCCUGGAGACUGUGAAGAACAACAUUGUCUGGCUGGCUGAAAAUCUCGAAAGUGUUGACGCUUGGCUCGACAGGCAGUAAAGCUAAUCAAUCCGAAAGGGAUGUCAUAAAUAUCAUAGUUUCUUUGUACUCAUCGAAUUGCCAUUAUAAAUAUACUACACAAUAAAGAUUAGCCAGUUAUAUGAAUGUGUAAAUGGAAACACAACAAAAAAACCAACUAUAUAACAA